CCAUUGCGCAGGUAUCUUCUGUGUGUAGCAGUUUUGGAUUUAAUCAGAGCGUGUGGUGUGCCUUUGUCAUUUACGAUGCUGUAGCUUCCCUUGUUGCUGCGUGGUUGUUAUAAUUGCGUUGUUUAAGGGAGUACUAAAGUAGGAUAUCGAUUCAAUUCUCUUCCUGUCGAUAUUUCGCGUGUAUGAAUAGAUUCGCAGCUAAACUGGAGUCUGGCUGAGAGUUUGUCCACUCGCUUGGUUGUUUAACAUAGGUUAUGGUAAACGAGGCUGUUGCUCUCGCUUAGCGGCUCCCAACCCGGUGCUCUCUGUAGUCAAGAAGUGCGUUUUCACCGCGGUUAAAAUAAGUUGCGAAAAGAGGCAAAGCUGUCCAGCUCAUCUGAACAACGAACAUGUGGAAUAUUUUGGCAUCACUCUUUGGUCUGUCCCAGAGGACCUGCGCGCCGAAGGAGAAGAAAGGUCAAAGGUGGCGAAGAGUUUUCCCUCAAGUCGUUGUGGUCAACGGAGCAGCCACCUUACUCGCGUUUUUCUCUAACUGCGGACCGUGUAUCUUCACUGCCUGCGAGGUCAAAGGUUACGCGCUGUGGGGUACAGCCGAAACCCUGUCAACCUGGUUCGUGAGAUGGUACUUCAUCUCGCUGGGACUCCUCAUCAUUUUCACAAUUCUCUCGUGCUGGUGCAAGAUCUGUGUGCUUCUGGAAGAUCAAGGGCGAUGCAACAGCGCAAGGGCACAGCUCCUCCUCAACACCCUGGUUGUCUGCUUCAACUACGCCGUAGGGUGGUUGCCGUACGUUCUGCUGGUGGGCAUAAGUGGCAGCCUGGAUGGAGGCUCCUUUGUGGAAGGCUUUGAAAGCGGUCUGACGGAUUUCCAUUGCCACCUUCACGAUGCGUCCGUCCGCGGGGCUUUGGUCGUCCUGGUCGCGUCCUCGGCCAUUUAUCUCCGCCACGCCUACUUUGGCCUGGGCGGACGGGUCCUAGGAGAUGGCUACAUGCUGAUGGGCGGUUUGAUUCUGCCGUGGUUCAUGGCCACAAUAACGAGGGUGUUCUUGGUGGGGCAAGAGUGGCGCCUUCCGACUAAGUCUCUGCUGAGGGAAGGAAGCAACGGGACUUUCACGAUGAGAGCAAACAUGAUAUUCUGCGAGACGAUCGUCAACAACGACUGGUUAAAUCACGUGAUGGCUGAGUGGCUGUUGACGUUGGUGAUGACUGGAUUGGUUGCAUUCUGGUUCCCGACUGUCAGACGACGUUCACAAGAUCAUUCAAAGCUCAUUCAAAGGCCCAUUGGACUUUUUGCUUCUGGUGAGUAUUACAUGGAGUCAGUGUCCGUCAUCGCUAUAAUGUGGUUCCUCACCAUCAGACCUCUCCUGGCGACCAGUAUAUUCCUUUCUUCAAACGAAAGCUGGUCCUCCUACCUUGACAUCCCUUCCCACGUCCUCAUCAUGAUGUCUGCGUCUCUCGUGCCCUUUGAGGUCGAGGACCGAUGGGCGAUGGCUGUGGAGGAGGAAUCUCCUGCAGAAGAAGAAGGGAAAGCGGGCAGAGUGACAUCUCUGCAUGGCGAGGAGGGAGCAAAGGCCUGGGAGGAGAAACAAGGGAGUGCUAUAGUGAACUCAGAUGAACAUUUUUGAAAAGUGAAAAACUGUUACGUGCCUCAUGGGGUGACAAAAUAUGUGGCAUGAAUACGCUUUCUUCAAAUAUGCUUUUUGAUAAGUAUGCAUAUAUAUAAAUAUAUAUAUAUAUACAUCUAAAUAUACAUAUGUCUCACACACACACACACACACACACACACACACACACAC